AUGGUUCUGGAGAGCACGAUGAUAUGUGUGGACAAUAGUGAAUACAUGAGGAAUGGUGAUUUCAUACCAUCACGGCUCCAAGCUCAGCAAGAUGCAGUCAACCUCAUUUGCCACUCUAAAACCAGGGCAAAUCCAGAGAAUAAUGUGGGGCUUUUGACUAUGGCAAAUACAGAAGUCCUAGCUACACUGACAACAGACACAGGGAAAAUCAUGGCGAAACUUCAGCAGUUGACUCCAAAUGGCAUUGUGAACUUUAUGACUGGCAUCCGUGUUGCUCAUCUGGCCCUAAAGCAUCGUCAAGGAAAGAAUCAUCGCCCACGAAUCAUUGCCUUUGUUGGGAGUCCAUUGGAAGUGGAUUCAAAAGAUCUUGUUCGAUUGGCAAAGAGGCUCAAGAAGGAAAAGGUAAAUGUGGAUAUCAUCAACUUCGGUGAGGCACAAGAAGGAAACAAUGAUAAUUUGAAGGUGUUCAUUGAAACCCUAAGUGGCAAAGAGGGUGGUGGUAGCCACUUGGCCACAAUGGUUGGAGGAGAUCUUGUGAAUGCCCUGAUGGGUUCCCCAAUUGUCAAAGGAGAUGAUGAAACUGGUGGGAUUAGUAUUGGUCCUGGAUCUGGCUUUGAAUUUGGAGUUGAUCCCAAUGAGGAUCCAGAAUUGGCAUUAGCAUUAAGGGUCUCUAUGGAAGAACAACGUCAGAGACAGGAAGAGGAAGCUCGCAGGGCUCAGGCAGAGUCAGCUGCUGCAUCAGGAAUUAAGCCUGCUGAAGAAAACACAGAAGAAGCUUUGCUGGAGAAAGCUUUGGCAAUGUCAGUAGAGCAUGGAAGUAAUAACAACACUCCCCUUGAUGCAGGCACUUCCAAUCCGGCUGGAUUUACAUCUUACCCUGAUUUUGCCUCCAUGACUGAGGAGGAACAGAUUGCCUAUGCCAUGCAAAUGUCAAUGCAGGAAGCCCAACAAUUGCCUGCUGCAAAGGUGAGUGAUGAGAAACAGAAAGAAAAGGAGCAGCCUCCUCCAGAGCAUAUGGAAGUGGAGGAACAUGAGGAGGACACUAGUUAUCGAGAAGUGGUCAGGGAUCCUAUGUUUCUUCAGAGCGUCCUUGAAACACUACCUGGAGUGGAUCCUCAAAGCGAAACUGUGCGUUCAGCUGUAGGCUCCUUGACAAAGCAAGCUGAUAAGCAUAAGGAGAAAGAUAAGGGCAAAGAAAAAGAGAAGGAUGAAGAGAAGCAAGUGAAGAAGGACAGCAAGAAAAGAAUGGAGAAAGACAAGAAAUGA